AUGGGACCAGUUAUAGAUAGUAAUGAGGCUAUGCGUUAUAAAGGGUCCACUGAUAUAUUCCGUGUCAUUGCAAAAUUUGGCUAUCUGCCUCGACAAGCUGACCUUGGUGGUAUGUCGUUACCUUCUAAUCUGGUAAUAAGAUCUUCCAAUGAAGGUGUUAAUCCUAAUGAUCCAGCCGUCAGUCUAAGAUUUGAUAUCAUAAAUCCUUUGGUCAGAGAACUUAUGAAUAAAAAGGUCAUACUUGUUCAGGCACCUCCCUUCGCCGGAAAAACGGCAAUUACCCAAAUUUUGGAGCACUCCUUGGUUAAUGCGCCAGAAUACUCUCAUUAUAGGGUAAUCCGAAUUUCAUUGAUUUGGAGAGGAGGUAUCAAUUGGGAUAAUUUUGGAGAGAUGUGGGAGCAAAUUGUUGGUGUAACUUGGAAAGAAUGGGUACGUCAGUGCGAUAAAAUUCCAUCAAUAUUGAUAAUAGAUGAGGCUCAAUUGAUUUACUCGGAUAAAGAAAUUACUGACAAUGACGAAAAAACUGCAGAUCAAUUCUGGAUGACUAUUAAAGGCCUCCUUCAGGAAGUAUCAGGUAUAAAUAUUAUAAUGUUUGCAGCCUAUGGAUAUAGAAGUUCUAAUCAUACAGGAUUCUCAACUCCUGUCAAAUUACCGAAAGAAUAUUGCAAAAGUCUUAUUGAUAUCAAUUUUUCCCCAAGCGAGUUAAGAACAUAUGUUCAUAAGUUCUGUAAUAGUUACCUCAAAUUAGAUCAGCAAAGCAUCUUAGAAUUAUAUAAAUAUAUCCAAGUGGCAACAGAAGGACAUGCGGGUUUGGUUAGCCACAUCUUGAAGUAUUUAGAAGUUGUAAUGAAUAAUCAAAAAGCCCUAAACUGGGUUGAAGCAUUCAAAUGCUUAAAUUCAAAGGAUUUUGAUUCAUCUAUCUAUACCAACGUCCGUGCUGUACCAAAUGUUCAAUCACUUAAAAAGAAUGGGGAUGGGAAAUUAAAAUUAUGUGAGGAUACUUAUAUAAAUGGAAAAGUUCCUUUCUCAAUAAAUAACAUGGAUCCAGAUGCUUCUUAUCUAGUCAAAACUGGAGUACUUGCGGUUAUGGACGAUAAAUAUUUAACUUUUGCAGCACCUCUUCUUAGGCGGUCAUUUUUUCAGCAAUAUUAUGGAAUUGAAGAUAGUGUUGAUAUUGCUCCCGCAGAUUUAUAUCAUUUUAUUGUAAAGGUUUUCACAGCAAUGUGUAAUGAAAAUAGUGGGAAAAUUUUAAGAGAAACGCUUGGAUUUGGAUAUGACGGAAGAAUCCUGGAACAAACGUGGCAGAAGGAAUUUUAUAGAAUUGGCACAUGGGUAUUGGGAAAAAAUAAAUUUUUGUCAUGUGAAGUAGGUUCAGUUUUUGGAUGUGCAGGAAGGAUAGAUUUCUACGUGAACGAGUUAGAUUGGGCCAUAGAACUUUUGAGAGAUGGUGAAGAUAUGCAAAGGCACGAGGACAAAUUUGAACCUAUAGCAGGAAAAUAUAAAGAGAUUGUUAAAUAUGCAAAAAGUACAGCUAUUAUUGAUAUUCGCAGUGUAAAUUUUACUGAUAAUACUCGCAGUGAAGCAAAAAAUGUUCAAAAAAUGAGGAAGGAUUUCAUAUACGUGUCAUGCUCCAAAGAUUUUGAUGCAUUUAAAAUAGAGAGUUUUGGUAAAGAAACUGUAUUUAUUAGGUCUCAAGAUUAGUUUAUUCUUCAAUCAGACAAAGUAA